CAAAGAACCAAAGCAUCGACAAGGAAGAGCCUUCGAAACUAAGGAGACCAGCCGCGCUGAUGCGCGUCGCAUUAUCAUACUCAUUACCCGUGUUGCAAAUUUCCUAUAUAUAUAACUAUAUAUAUAUGAUCUUAUCUUUGAUUACCUCUUCUCCCUAAUACGGAUUUUGGAUUAAAAACCUCAAUUUGAUUACAGUUGCGGUACUUUAAAUCAGAUAUUCGGCCAUGGCGAUGCUAGAUUCUUUCUUCAGCAAAGGCUUCAAAGCCGCCCAAUGUAAAACCUUGCUGAAACUUACAAUCCCUCGAAUAAAGUUGCUGAGGAAUAAGAGAGAGAUUCAGAUAAAGCAGAUGCGCCGAGAGAUUGCGAAGCUCCUUGAGACUGGUCAGGAAGCCACCGCUCGGAUUCGUGUAGAGCACAUCAUAAGGGAAGAGAAAAUGACGGCGGCACAAGUAAUUGUUGAACUGUUCAGUGAGCUCAUUAGCGUACGCCUUCCGAUUAUUGAAGCACAAAGGGAAUGCCCUCUGGACCUGAAAGAAGCUAUUUCCAGUUUAUGCUUUGCGGCACCAAGGUGCGCUGAUCUCCCGGAGCUGCAAGAAGUGCGAAUUAUAUUUGCUGCUAAAUAUGGUAAAGAAUUUGUCUCUGCUGCAACUGAGCUUAUGCCUGAAUGUGGUGUCAAUCGCCAGCUAGUUGAGCUUUUGUCCGUCCGAGCCCCUGCAGGUGAUGUUAAACUGAAGCUUAUGAAGGAAAUUGCUGAAGAGCAUCAGCUCGACUGGGAUCCAACUGCCUCUGAAAGUGAAUUAUUGAAGCCCCAUGAAGACUUACUCCAUGUUCAGACCCAUACGGCUAGUAUUUCCAAACUGCCCCUUCCGGAAGAAAAGCAUGACGAGACAAAUUCGGCUACUUUAAAACAUCCCAUCCCCGAACUCUCGGAUUUGGAUGAAGAUUUCGAGAUCAUAGAUUUUCCAGAAGUUCCUAAACGGUCAUUACAGCCUAAUAAAGGCAAUGUCUCGGUCCUCGAGAUGCUGCCUUUCCCUGCAUCCGCAUUUUCUGAUGAUGAGGAAGAUCAAGAAGAGCAAAAAGUUGAUUCCAAAAGUAACGAGCAUUUUUCACACUCUGUGCCGAAGAAUGUUUCGCAAGAGAAGUCAACUUGUCAGCCGGAGGAAAAACAGUUUGUGCCGAUUAUGUAUCCUCCAUCACAAACUCCAGCCUUUUUUGAUGUCAAACAACAAAAUAUCAAAGAAACCACAAAUAAUACCAACUUAGAUUUACAAGAUGUGUUGGCAGCAGCACAAAUGGCAGCCGAGAGCGCGGAGCGCGCUGCAGUGGCCGCACGCUCAGCGGCUAGAAUUGCUGGACUUCGAAUUAGUGAGCUCGUUGAGAAAAACAAGCUGAACGAAGAGACUGAAAAUCCUUUUCAUCUCGAGAAACGUGAGUCGUGUUUGGGGGAGAAGGAUGGAUUGAAUUCAUGUUGCCUGCUUGCAGAUUCUGAUAGUUCCCUUUGUUCGACAACAUGGCAUGAGUAUUUGCCUCGUGAGAUUAGUUCUCAGCCCUUGUAUGAUGCUGGAGAAGAGGAUUUCGAUUCCUUCUCUCCUCAGAGGGAUAUUGUGUCUGCUAAUGGCAGUUUUGACAAGCCUCUUCAUGGAUUGGCGUCAAUGGAUGACGAGACAUUUUUUUCCUACCCGAACUUAUUUACAUAAUAGAGGUCUCAUCUUAGUUCUCGUGUGCAGUCAUUUACAGACUCCAAGUGAAAAAUGCAUGACCGUGAUCUCUGUUUUCAGUAUGUUGAUAUCACUCUUAGUUUUUGCAACAUUUUUGUUCUUUUCAGGCUUGUGAGGUGAUCCCAGGUUUUUUUAGUUUUCAAAUUGUUUUUACCUUCCUGUACAUGACUUGUUCAAAGUUUUGUUUUGUGGUUGUGCCUUUUUGGUAAGAGUGGAAUUUUAUGCCUGUCUCUG